CCCUCAUCUUUGCAACCGUGGGUGGACAUAUAUAAGCCCAGAGGACCCACUGGAGACACUCCAGUUGUGCUCACGGUCCAGCACCAUGAUCUGACCUUACCCUUCAGUAUCAGAAGUCCCUCGUAACCGUUUCGAGAUAAUAAGCGGUGCCACGUAGAUAUAGUGAUUCGAUUCGAUUUUUAUUUAUCAAAAAUCAUGGAGUCGUAUUCUCCGAGGAUAUGUGUUGCAUUUUUGCUGGGAACGUUUUUGGCGAGUUCUUCGGGACAAUUUCCGGCUUCACCGAAUAUUAUUGUCUUCAUGGUGGACGAUAUGGGAUGGAACGACGUGGGGUUUCAUGAGUCGAAUGAAAUACCGACGCCCAAUAUUGAUGCAUUGGCGUACAAUGGGAUUAUUCUGAAUAGACACUAUGUGUUGCCGUCGUGUACACCUGCGAGAGCUGCCUUCUUCACCGGGCUCUACCCCAUUCGAAUGGGACUGCAAGGAGAUAGUCUGAAAGGUAGUGAUGCUCGAGGACUUCCCCUCAAUAUCAGAAUCCUCCCAGAGUACCUCCGAGAGUUGGGAUACUCAACUAGACUCGUUGGGAAGUGGCACCUUGGUUUUCCAACUCCUCAGUUCACCCCUCAGCACCGUGGAUUUGACUCGUUCCUGGGCUUUUACAACGACCACAUCUCUCAGUACAAAUACUACUACCGCGAUGGGAACAUGUCGGGCUUUGAUCUGCAGCGAGGCGAUGGCCCUGCCCAUGAUAUCCGCGAACGGUACGUGACCAGAGUUUUCACCGAGGAAGCUAUCAGAAUAAUUGAGCGUCACGAUCCUAAGAGUCCACUCUAUCUCCAAAUCAAUCAUCUUGGGUUCCACGCACCCCUGGAACCACCGCACGACGGCUAUUUUGGGGGCUACAGAUAUCAGAAUUUCAGUUAUCUCCAUGGAGAACGACGCAAAUACGCCAUGAUGGUAUCAGAGAUCGAUACAUCUCUGGGAAGCAUUGUGUCUGCAUUGGGUGAUCGCGCACUGCUGAAUGACAGUAUCAUCGUCUUCUUGACUGAUAAUGGUGCUCCAACCGGGGGUGCAGAGGGAAAUGCCGGAUCGAAUUGGCCAUUGCGCGGUGGCAAGUAUUCACUGUACGAGGGAGGAGUCCGAGGUGUCGCAGCCAUCUGGUCCCCGAGACUCAGAAGAAUGGCCCAAGUAUCCAACAACUUGAUGCACAUAACAGACUGGCUGCCAACUCUGUAUCGAGCUGCAGGAGGAAAUGUGAGGGACCUGGGGGAUGUCGACGGUAUUGACUAUUGGGACCACUUCAGCCGGGAUACAGAGGCCCCGCGACAGUCCCUCCUCAUAAACAUUGACGAGCGAAAGAAAACGGAAGCCGCCAUCUUUCGUCGAUACAAGCUCAUUCGAGGCCAUUCCGAUGAGGGAAACAAUGACUACUACUUCGGAAGCAGUGGAAAGAAUGUCAAUGUACCUGCUUAUGACUAUAACAUGGUGCACAGCAGCGCUGUUGUCAGUGCUAUUCACUCGCAUCUUGGGCAUCCGAUUGUGCCCCAGAGUGGUAUGUCAAAAUUGAGAGAGCAAGCACGGGUCUCUAAAUGCCUGGACAUGAGACUUUUCAGGAUCAACGGCACCAAUCCCUGUCGCAAUGAGACGGAAUGUCUUUUUGAUAUCGUUCAGGAUCCUUGUGAGGUGGAUAAUAUCGCGAGAUUACAUCCAAAGAUUGUUCGAGAGCUCGAUUCAAUCCUAGAAAGAUACGGAAAUAUGCUUACUAAACAGCCAAAUAUUCCAACAAAUUGGAACGCAGAUCCUCGCAGGCACAACAGCACGUGGGUACCCUGGCUGCACCCAAAUCUCUACGAAAGUCGUUACGGUUACAAUGGCAGUGCAGCAACAGUUAUCAGUACUCUAGCAGUUUGUGUACAUAUCGGAAUGGUACUCCUCAUCGUAGGUCUCCGAGCGUUCCUCUGACUCAAUAAAAAUAGGUUCCCGGAGUCGAAUAGAAGAAGUGCCAUUUUCUAUCGAUUUACAGAUACUCGAAUGUAACGUCAAUUACGUUGAAUAGUAAAUUAUCAAUGAUCAAUUAAGUUAAUUUACCAUUAUAGCAACUAACGAUUUUAUUUAAUUAAAUUAUUCAUUUAGUCAAUCACUGUUGCCAUUAUCAGUCCGUGAAAAAUAAAAAAUACUCAAUUUUUGAAUUU